UUUUGGAGAGCUCUGGCGCAGAAAGGUAAACCUUAUCUUGCCGGUAAAAAGGUUAACACAAACAAAUGAUCUUUCUUUGCGAUUUAAAUGUUGACUUAUCAGUAAUCUGUCUUUUUCUCACUUUUGAAGCAAGGGCGGUGGUUGUAUUGGAAUUAAGUACGCGGCAUUAAUUUUAUUUCACAAGCUUUCAUUUAAUCAUGUCUCUUGCAAUUGAAUCUGUUUUAAUAUCCGAAUCAGUCGAUCCCAGUUGCGAGUCUAUUCUUUCACAAAAUGGUAUUUCUACGACAACUAAAGUUGGAUUAACUGCUGAACAAUUGAAAUCUGAAAUACAGAAUUAUCAUGGCCUGAUAGUCCGUUCUGCUACUAAAGUUACCUCAGAUAUAAUUGCUGCUGGAAAGAAUUUGAAGAUUAUUGGUAGAGCAGGUGUUGGAGUUGAUAACAUUGACUGUGAUGCUGCCACCAAACAUGGCGUUCUUGUUAUUAAUGCUCCUGGUGGAAAUACUCUAAGUGCUGCUGAACUUACAUGCUGUAUGAUCACAUCAUUAUCUAGGAGUAUUCCAGAAGCUUGUGCUACAUUAAAAAAUGGCAAGUGGGAUCGCAAGAGAUUCAUGGCAAAUGAACUUAAUGGCAAAACACUUGCCAUUAUUGGACUGGGACGCAUUGGACGAGAAGUUGCUUUUAGAAUGCAAGCUUUCGGAAUGAAGACUAUUGGUUUUGAUCCUCUUGUUCCAGCUGAAGAAUCCAUUAAGUUUGGUGUUGAGACUAUUGAACUGAGUGAAAUCUGGCCUCUUGCGGAUUACAUUACAGUUCAUACACCUUUGAUUCCACAAACCAAAAAUAUGCUAAACAAGGAAACGUUUGCAAAAUGCCGUAAGGGUGUGAAAGUAGUGAACUGUGCCAGAGGAGGAAUUAUUGAUGAAGAUGCCUUAUUUGAUGCCUUAGAAUCUGGUCAGUGUGGUGGUGCAGGAUUAGAUGUCUAUUUGGAGGAACCUCCAAAGAACACAAAACUCAUCCAGCAUCCAAAAGUGAUCUGCACACCCCAUUUAGGAGCCAGUACCCAUGAAGCCCAAAGUAGAGUCGCUGUUGAAAUUUCUGAGCAAAUGGUCGCUCUCAAUCAAGGACAAUCAGCUCAUGGAAUUGUAAAUUCCCCAGCUUUCUCUCUGUCAAUGUCUAGUGCCAAUAGAGAUGGUGUGGUUCUUAGCAAAACUGUCGGCCAUUUAAUAGCUUCAUUAUUUGCUAAUACAGAGUCUGAAAUUACUGUUUCAGUAAAUGUGCAUGGUACUGAUUUGCACAGAAAAGAAAUCAUGUUCAGCACAGCAGUUUUAAUAGGAAUGCUUCAACAAAGGAAAAAGGCAGCUAAUUUUGUGAAUGCUCCUACUCUAGCUAAAGAUCUAGGAUUUACGGUUGAAAAAGUGAGCACUGGUCCACCAAAAGGACACAAUUUGUCUGUUGAAGUAGUUGCUUCGUCUGCUAAUCAGAAACAUUCCGCAUUGGUCACCUUGAAGGGAAGUAAUGAUCCUGUAUUGUGUGCUAUAGAUGGUCACUCAUUCAAAGUUCAUCCUCUUCUAGCUGGACAUUUAAUACUUCUGAAAAGUUCUCUCUCCAGUGCUCUAACACUUUGUGGUUCAUUGAUAGAAAAAGGUGUAAUAGAUAACGCAUCUUGGUCGUCUUGCAUUGAUGGAAAGAGCUGGUCUGUUCUCAAUUCAAAUAAACCAGCAGAUUUGGCAAAUAUUGGCCAUCCUGUUGACUUUUAUGCUCAAAUAAGUCUUUAAAUAUUCCACUUUAUUUUACAAUAUUUAAAAUAAAAAGUAUUUUUGUUCUAUAAUUUGUUAUAAAAGCUCUUAAAUUUUGUUGCCAUUUUUUUAUGUUUAUCAUUAUAUAUAUUUUGUAAUAGAGUGUACUUAUACAAUAAAACUUGUUAAGCUUU